ACUCUCUCCCAACUAGACACAAUAUAGGGACUCUGGCUGAGAACAUAGCCAAGGCAUUUUGAUUGAUAUGGUGCCAUCAUUGCUCAUGGUGCCUUAGAGAGUUAUAGAUGUAAAAAUAGACAUCUCCCUGCCCCCAAGGAACUUAAAACAGUCUAGAACAGACAAUGAGAAAAAUCAACUAUCAGUAAAACUUAGUGAUGUUACCUACUAAUGCCUUCGAGUUAAGGCAGUGACUGAUCCAAUGUGCCACUGCUGCAAGAGUUCAUCCCUGCUUGUGUCAUCUCUGCAAGGGUUAAUGAUGGUUCGGCUCCAUCCAAGAACUAGUAGGUGCUGGAGGGAGAGACCCUAUUGGAACUGGAGGUGAUGUGGGCAGCCCAAGGACUCUGAGUGAGCCACCAUGGGUUUCAGGCUGUUAGCUUGCCUCUUCAACCUGCCUGUUGCGGUGGUCUACGGGUCUCUGUCCCUCUUCAUUUCCAUUUUGCACAACGUCUUCCUCCUCUACUACGUGGACACCUUUGUUUCUGUAUAUAAGAUUGAUAAACUCUCCUUCUGGGUUGGAGAGACUGUGUUUCUGAUUUGGAACAGCCUCAACGAUCCUCUCUUUGGCUGGCUGAGUGAUCGGGCUUUCCUUAGCACGCAACAGUCUGGAGUGGCGAUUUCCACUCCGGAAGUGGUUUUGAAGAGACUCAAGGCCCUGAGCCGCAAUGGCCCCCUCUUUGCUAUGUCAUUCCUGGCUUUCUGGAUUGCCUGGGCCACCCCAGGCCUGCAGUUCCUCAUCUGCCUCUGCCUGUAUGACAGCUUCCUCACCAUGGUGGAUCUCAACCAGAACGCUUUGCUCGCUGACCUCGCUGUAUCUGCAAAGGACAGGACCGGCCUCAAUUUCUACUCCUCACUCUUCAGUGCCAUUGGCUCUCUCUCUGUCUUCAUGUCCUAUGCUGUGUGGAACAAGGAGGACUUCUUCUCCUUCCGGAUAUUUUGCAUGGUGCUGGCUUUCGGCUCAGCAAUUGGUUUUACCCUGGCCACAUGGCUCCUGAGGCAGAGGUUUCAGACUGAGGGACACGUGAAGUGGGAUGAAAAUGCAGCUUUGAAAGAACUGUAUAUUGACCAUCCAUCUGUGCAACAAGAGAAGAGAAUCACUCUGGCUGAGUACCUCAAGCAGCUCUCCCGACACCGCAACUUUCUCUGGUUUGUCUCUAUGAACCUGAUCCAGGUUUUUCACUGCCACUUUAACAGCAACUUCUUUCCCCUCUUCCUGGAGCACCUGCUGUCUGAUCGUAUCUCACUCUCCAUGGGAUCAUUUCUGCUUGGAGUUUCCUACGUGGCUCCUCAUCUCAACAACCUCUACUUCCUGUCUCUCUGCCAGAGGUGGGGGGUAUAUGCAGUGGUGCGAGGGCUCUUCUUCCUGAAGCUGUUGCUCGGUGUGAUUAUGCUCCUUGCUGGACCAGAUUGGAUCUACCUGCUCUGCUUCUUCAUAGCCAGCAACCGCGUGUUCACGGAAGGGACCUGUAAGCUGCUGAACUUGGUGGUCACCGACCUGGUAGAUGAAGACUUGGUGCUGAAUCGAAGGCAGCAGGCUGCCUCAGCCCUCUUGUUUGGCAUGGUUGCCUUGGUAACCAAACCAGGCCAGACCUUUGCCCCCUUGAUUGGCACCUGGCUCCUGUGUGCUUAUACAGGUUACGACAUUUUCCAGCGGGAUGCCCUGAGCAAUAUUGUGAGUGCCCAGCCCAAGCUGGCUUCCAACACAGCCUGGGAACCGACACUGCGCCAGGGCUGCUUCUACCUCCUUGUUUUUGUCCCCAUCACAUGUGCAUUGCUGCAGCUCCUCAGCUGGUCACAAUUCACCCUGCAUGGGAGGCACCUCCAGAGAGUGAAAGCUCAGCGCCAGACUUUCACGGAAAGUCAGUCCCAAGAAAUCAAGACCAUUUAAUUUUCCUGUGUAUCAGCAGAAAAUGUCCCUGAUCGUUUUGGACUUCUGCAGAAUCAACUCAACAAGGCGUGGGUAGAAGAAAAAGGGCAACUGAUACUCUUCUUGGUUAAAGUUGGUGAGUGGAAGCUUUUGAGUUGGCGCUGCCAUUACCUGGUUUUCAGCGUCACUUAAAAAUGCACCUCCUUACGCAAACUUUUGGAGGAAAUUGAUUCAGCAAGGCCACAUGUAAUUGAUGAAGGUCACAGGCAGUAUUGAUAUGGUUUGGUUUCUAGUUACUAAUGGUUUGGUUCAUUUUUUUUCCUUGCUCAAUUUUCUUUAUAUAAAUAUACAAAAGUUAAACACUCUUCCUUGCGUUUGGCAGGUCCAUGCCUCUUUCUCCGGCACACGGCAGCAGAUACAGAUGUUGCCCUCUCUGAUCUCCCAAAUCCUCCUUGGCUUGCAGCUCAAAUAUUCUCUGGCUUUGGCUCUUGAUGGUCUCUUGCAGCAGCUACAACUGCUCCACCAGCUGCUUCUCCCUCUCAUGGCUCUCUUGGAGCUUCUGGGCCGAGAUCUUGGCCUCCUCACGCAGCUGCCAGUUGAGGGCCCUGACACUCUUUAGCUCCUCUUCUAGGUUGUCCUCCCUCUUGUGGCUGGCCAGGUCCUCAUCUGCUUGCUCAGCUUCUUGUUGACUCCCUUCAGCUUGUUCUUCUCUUGGAGCUCCUGGGCCAAGGCCUUGUCCUUGUCCUUCAGCAGCUUCAGCUCCUCCCCCUCCUGUCUGGCUAUGUUUUGCUUCUCCUUUUCAAUAGUUAGGCAUUGGUUCUGCUCCUUAUAAUUUUGUGCUUGGGCCUUAGGGACCCUGGAAGCCCAGUUCUUCUCACCCCCGCCAGCACCAGCAGGAGCAGGGGCUGACUUAGGGGCUGCCGCAGUCGCCAUCCCACGGGAUCCUUUGUCAUUGACAACUCUGAUUCUCUUAUUUUGCUGUAAUUUUUCUAAAUUUUAAAACACAGUAUCACAGGCGGUAACCACGUCCAGCAAAAUUUCUGAUUUUCAGCUAAAGCACUUCCAUAGACUUUCAGCCUGUAUGGCCGAUAGUCCUUUUUGACCAAAGCUUCAUAAUGUGCCGUAUUUUUUGCUCCAUAAGACGCACCUGACCAUAAGACGCACCUAGUUUUUAGAGAAGGAAAACAAG